AUGUCUGAAGUACAGGGUAGUUUUACUUUCGAUGUAGUGGAACAGAAAAAUGAUUUCAAAAUAGGUCAGAUAAAAUUGAUUUUUGAUGUUCCAUAUGAUACAAACAGAUAUUCAAGAUCAAUAAAUUACAAAAUAAUUAGAUGUAGUAAUACUAUUAUUGAAAUAAAAACUGAAGAAAAAUGGGGAGGAAUCAAAAAAGACUCUUGUGAAAAAUACAGAUAG